GUUUUUUGCUCACUUAUCUUUUUGUUGUCUUGAUUUUCUUGUUUUUUCAUAUUUAUCAAACGAGUCUCAUUCCUUGUAAUCUUCUAAUAACUAACUAGAUCGUUUUGUUUCGUCACGAAAAUCAAUCUCCCAAGUAGAAUUCUAAUUCUAGUGAGCCAUUCAAUGGGCCAGAUCAAGUACUCUGAGAAAUACUUCGACAAUACUUUUGAAUAUAGGCAUGUCAUACUUCCUCCUAAAAUAGCACAACGUCUCCCUAAUAAUCGUCUUCUCUCUGAAAAUGAAUGGCGUGCCGUUGGAGUUCAGCAGAGCCAUGGCUGGGUUCACUAUGCGAUUCAUCGCCCUGAGCCACAUAUCUUGCUCUUAAGGAGGCCAUUAAACCACCAGCAACAUGAGAAUCAAGAUGAGCAAAAUAUUCUACAUUGCGGCAUUUCAUUUCUAAUUCCAGAAAUGCUUCUGAAAUUUCAAAAUUUUAAAUUUAUAGUCCAUUCUUGUAAACAAAAAUUGUUUUGCUGUUUUCCGUUUCAGCAUCUCCGUUUUGUUGUUUCCGUUUCCGUACAACACAGCCCAUAAGAUAAAACACUAAUAAAAGGCACAUUUUUUUUAGCACUUCCAGAGUUUUAAAUUUCUAAUACAUUCAAAUAUUUGAUUUAGAUGUAGAAAAUUCUUUUGUCAUCUGAGUAUCAUUUGUACUGAUGAUUUUACCAUAUACAGACCAUGCAUGCAGUAUUUGCAGUUUAUGAAAUUUAAGAAGGAUCAUCAAAUAAUGGUUUUUCUAGGAACAUUAAUGCUGCAUAAGUUAGUCUCAAUUGUCGAAUGGUAGGUCGGAAUGUGGUUGAAGCUUCCGAUGGACGGACGUCGAACAAAAUUGCUUUCUUGUUUUUUUUUUUUGGUGAAAGUUGGGGAAGGAAAUUGUUUAGGUCUUUUCCUUCAUGUAAAGGAAAUGGUUCUACUUUUGGCAAUAUCAUGUACAUAAUAUUUACAUUUAUCUACCUGUUUAGGCUAAGAAAUUGUUUUUGUAGAAGGAAAUUGGAGUAGAAUCAUA